AUGCAAGUGGACUGGAGGCAGCAGACCUCGAGAAGCCAGGGAGACCUGUUUGAAGGAUUUUACUGCUCAGGAAUCAUCCUGCCCAAAAUAUGCAUUUAUUCUCAGUCCUCAGUGCCAUCUAUUCAUCAGCUCAGUAAGGAAAAGGCUUUCCCAGUAGCAGGCAAUAGGAAACCAUUUCCUUGGUGUGAGCUAAGGCUCCCCCAUACAGUCAUUCCCCUCCACUAUGACCUGCUUGUCCACCUAAAUCUCACCUCUCUGGACUUUGCUGCAUCUGAGAAAAUUGAGGACUUGGUCAGAGAUGCCACCCGAUUUAUCAUCUUACACAGCAAGGAUCUUGAAAUCGUGAAUGCCACCUUGCAGUCGCAUGAUUUGAGAUAUAGGAAACCAGGGGAAAAAAUGAAUGUUUUGAGUCAUCCCGCUCAUCAACAAAUUGCACUGCUGGUUCCAGAGGAACUUAUGGCUGGGAUGAGAUGCUAUGCCAUUGACAUCCAGGACAAGUUAGCUGAUGGCUUCGAAGGAUUUUAUAAAAGCGUGUACAGAGCUCUUGGUGGUGAAACAAGAAUAACUACAGUAAUGGAUUUUGAGCCAACCCAGGCACAUAUAGCUUUCCUUGAUGAAUCAUUGUUCAAAGAUGACUUUUCAAUCAAGAUAAGAAGAGACAUCACACUAUCCAACAUGCUGAAGGUUAAGACCACUGAACUUGAAGGCGGCCUCUUGGGAGAUCACUUUGAAUCUACUGUACAAAUGAGUACACACCCUGUAGCCUACAUAGUUUGUGAUUUCAAAUCUGUGAGUGAAGCAACCUCAUCAGGGGUCAAUGUGUCCAUCUAUGCACCCCCAGACAGAUGGAGUCAAACACAUUAUGCUUUGGAUGCAUCAUUGAAGCUACUUGAUUUUUAUGAAUGCUAUUUUACCACCUACUGGCUUGGAAAUCUGGUUACAAUGGAAUGGUGGAAUGAUAUUUGGCUCAAUGAGGCUUUUGCAAGAUACAUGGAGCUUAUUUCUGUUAAUGCUACAUAUCCAGGGCUACAAUUUGAUGACUGUUUUUUGGAUAUGUGUUUUGAAGUAAUUGCAAGAGAUUCAUUCAAUUCAUCCCUCCCUAUCUCCAAGCCAACAGAAGCUCCUACUCAAAUACAAGAAAUGUUUGAUGUGACUUCUUAUAACAAAGGAGCUUGUAUUUUGAAUAUGCUCAAGGAUUUUCUGAGUGAGGAAAAAUUUCAGAAAGGAAUAAUACCCUACUUAAAGAAAUUCAGCUACAGAAAUGCUAAGAAUGAUAAUUUAUGAGACAGUCUGUCAAAUAGUUAUUUAGAAGGUGAUUUUACAUCUGGUGGAGUUUGUUAUUCUGAUUCCCAGAUGACAAGUAGCACAUCACUUGUCAUUAAACUCAGCUUUCUAGGGAAAAAUGUGGACAUCAAAGAGAUGAUGACUACAUGGGCUUUCCAGAAAGGAAUCCCCUUCUUGGAGGUUAAACAAGAAUGGAGUUCAUUCAGACUACAGGAGGAGCACUUCCUGAAGGGGGUUUUCAAAGAGGACUCUGAAUGGAUAACCCUGCAGGAGAGGUACCUUUGGCAUAUCCCAUUGACCUACUCCAUGAAUUCCUCUAAUGCAAUUCACAGACACAUUCUACUAUCAAAGGCAGGUACUCUGAAUUUACCUGAAAAGACCAGUUGGGUGAAAUUCACUGUGGACUUCAAUGGCUACUGCACCAUUCACUAGGAGGGGCAUGGAUGGGAUCAAUUCAUUACACAGUAGAAUCAGAACCAUACCCGUCUCAGGCCUAAGGACAGAAUAGGUCUGAUUCACAAUGCAUUUCAUCUGAUGGGUGCAGGAAGGUUGAACCUUAACAAAGCCCUUGUCCUGUCUCACUAUCUCCAAUGUGAAACUAGCAACCCUGUACUUCAAGGUCUAGGACAUUUACAAUUGUUUUACCACAUGAUGGACAGAAAGAACAUUUCAGAUGUCACUGAAAACUUCAAGGUUUACCUUCUCCAGUAUUUUAAGCCACUGAUUGACAAGCAAAGCUGGAGCAGAGACGGCUGCUCUGGGACAGGACGCUUUGUGCAUGCGACACUCUUGAAGCUGGUCUGUGACCUGAACCAUCCUCCUUGCAUCUGGAAGGCAGCUGAACUCUUCUCUCAGAGGUUGGAGUCCAGCGGGAAAUUAAAUAUGCCAACAGAUACUUUAAAGACUAUGUAUUCUGUGGAUGCUCAGACCACACCAGGGUGGAAUUACCUUUUAGAGAAAUAUGGACUGUCAGUGUCAGUUGCUGAUAAAAACAAGAUUCUGUAUGCAUUAUCAAUCAGCAAAGAUCAAGAAAAAUUAGUGAAGUAAAUCGAACUAGGAAUGGAAAGAAAAGCUAUCAAGACAGAAGAUUUUGCAUCUCUUUUUCAUGCAAUUGCCAGAAAUCCAAACGGGCAGCUGUUAGCCUGGAAUUUUGUUAGACAUAAUUGGACCCAUCUCCUUAAAAAAUUUGUAUUGGGCUCAUUUGCCAUGAGAAUUAGUUGUCUUAUUUUUUGGUGUGUGUGCCCACUUGUGAAACUGUUUUUUGAAUCUCUUCAGUCCCAAGAAUCACACCUGGAUAUUUUUCAAGUUGUUCUGCAAACCUUAACCAAAAAUAUUAAGUGGCUGGAAAAGAAUCUUAACACCCUGAGGACUUGGCUAAUGGUUAAUAUUUAAAUGGUCAAUAGGGAGAGUACAACAUCAGACAAAUAAGUGUCUACGUGAAGUCAAAUAGACUGAAUGACACCAGCAAAGGUCAAGUCUCAGAGAUUUGGAUGUUUUUUCUAACCGUUAAGAGGCCUCCAGA